UCGAGACACCCGGAAGUCUCCGCCUAACGGGCCGGGCCCGCGCCUCCUGUCCUGGAAGGGGGCGGGGCCCGGAGCCCCUCAGCGCACGGCGCCGUAGAGCGGGGACGGGAGGCCCGUGUCCUAGACGCGUCCGGAAGUGGCUCCCAGGGGCGCCCGCUCCGCACCGUAGAGCCGGGGGGGCGGCGGCUGGGGGGGUCGCCGGGCUCGCUUCCUAGAGCGGCGAGGACAGGGUGGAGGCCGGCGGGGGGGUGGGAAGGGGAGGGGGAGCAGCGCGGGCGGAAGCGGCCAGGAAGGUCACUUCCGGCCUGGGCGCCCGUCCCCCUGACCCCAGGGUCUGAGUCGCCGCUGCCGCCGCUGCCACCGUCCGCGAGGGAGGCGAGAGGAGGAGUGCGGCGCGGCGGCCCCGGGACCGAGGAGGGACCCAGACAUGGAGCUGCGGGAAGAGGCCUGGUCUCCGGGGCCGCUGGAUUCCGAGGACCAGCAGAUGGCCAGUCACGAGAACCCAGACAUUUCUGGAGUCCCUGUUACGUUCCAGGCAUUGUUCCAGGUGUGGGGGAAGCAGCUGGGAAAGAACAGUCUUGACGUGGACAUCCUCAUCAUGGAUGACGACGACGUCCCCAGCUGGCCCCCGACCAAGCUGGCCCCGCCCCAGUCCGCGCCCGCGGCCGGCCCCCCGCCCCGGCCGCGGCCCCCCGCGCCCUACAUCUGUAACGAGUGCGGCAAGAGCUUCAGCCAUUGGUCCAAGCUGACGCGGCACCAGCGCACGCACACGGGCGAGCGGCCCAACGCCUGCGCCGACUGCGGCAAGACCUUCUCGCAGAGCUCGCACCUCGUGCAGCACCGGCGCAUCCACACGGGCGAGAAGCCGUACGCCUGCUCCGAGUGCGGCAAGCGCUUCAGCUGGAGCUCCAACCUCAUGCAGCACCAGCGCAUCCACACGGGCGAGAAGCCCUACGCCUGCCCCGACUGCGGCCGCAGCUUCACGCAGAGCAAGAGCCUGGCCAAGCACCGGCGCUCGCACAGCGGCCUCAAGCCCUUCGUGUGCCCGCGCUGCGGCCGCGGCUUCAGCCAGCCCAAGAGCCUGGCGCGCCACCUGCGGCUGCACCCCGAGCUCUCGGGCCCCGGCGUGGCGGCCAAGGUGCUGGCGGCCAGUGUGCGCCGGGCCAAGGCGCCCGAGGCGGCGGCGGCGGCGGACGGCGAGAUCGCCAUCCCGGUGGGCGACGGCGAGGGCAUCAUCGUGGUGGGCGCGCCGGGCGAGGGGGCCGCGGCGGCCGCAGCCGUGGCGGGCGCGGGGGCCAAGGCGCCGGGGCCGCGCUCGCGGCGCGCCCCGGCCCCCAAGCCGUACGUGUGCGUGGAGUGCGGGAAGGGCUUCGGGCACGGCGCGGGGCUCCUGGCGCACCAGCGCGCCCAGCACGGGGACGGGCUCGGGGCGGCGGGGGGCGAGGAGCCGGCGCACAUCUGCGUGGAGUGCGGCGAGGGCUUCGUGCAGGGCGCCGCGCUGCGGAGGCACAAGAAGGUGCACGCCGUGGGCGCGCCGUCGGUCUGCAGCCGCUGCGGACAGAGCUACUACCGGGCGGGCGGGGAGGACGGCGACGGCGACGGCGACGAGGCGGCCGGCGGGCGCUGCGGCGAGUGCCGCGGCGGGGAGGGCCGGUAGGGGCGGCGGCCCGGGGGGGCAGGGCCCCUCGGGCUUGGCGGGGACGGUGGCGCAGGACCCGGGGCCGGAGACGGACGGACAGAGGGCGCCACGGGCGGCGGAGGCCUCGUCUCCCUCCCCCGCCGCGCCCCGCCCCGCCCGGUGGUCCGCGCUGUGGGGACGGGCGGCCCGGGGCGCUGGGGCCCUCCCGCCCCCGCCCUGCGCCCUGCGCCCUGCGCCCUGCAGCCUGCCCCAGCCUGGCCUGCCCUUCUGGUUCUCGGCGAGCCCGGGAGACGCCGCGCGCGGGAACUGGAGACCGAGGGAGGACGGAGCCCGCGACCCAAAGAGCGGUUCCUGGACCCUCUCUCUUGCCCCGCCGCCCGGAAGGCCCCGCCCUUCCGCUUCACAGGGCCACACGGAGCGAAGGGAGGGGGUCCUUUUCCCCUUAGAGUUUUCUUUUGGUCACACCCGCCUCCCGACCACCCUUCCAUUAUUUUGUCUCUACUUCCCCGCGGGUCCUGUUCUUUUUCUUGGCCCUCGUCCCUCUCCCCUUCCUGGGUUUGGGGUCGUGGAGGAGUGCUGGAGCAGGACUAGGCCCUGUUCCCAGCAGACCCCGCAGAGAUGGGGUCCCGUCUAUUCCCUGGCCUGGACGCGGCUGAAGGAGGGGCGCGGGGGCAAUAAAUCGCACUAUCUGAUUGUC